AUGUUCGAGGUCGUUUUAUGGCCAAAAAUUCAUAAGGAUGGCAUUCCAGGACGACCAAUAGUUUCAGCCGUUAACUCUAUAACUGAAAAUAUCUCAGAAUUUUUAAAUCUUUGCCUGCAACCUCUCUUACCAAAAUUAAAAUCAUAUGUAAAGGACACCAAACAUCUAAUACAACGGUUACAAACCAUACCGGCACAAAAUGAACACGUUUUACUUGUAUCAGCAGACGUAUCCUCACUUUACACCAAUAUCCCUCAUCAAGAAGGAGUUGAUGCGUGUAUUCAUUUCAUUAGAAAAUACAGAAACACACUGCCUUCAUUCACACCCAAUGAACAUGUAAUACGAACGUUGUUUUCGUUUAUACUGGAAAAUAACUAUUUCAUGUUCCUAAAUGAAAUAUAUCUGCAGUUACUUGGCACAGCCAUGGGUACGAAGGUGGCACCACCAUACGCAUCAUUAUUCCUGGGUCUUUUUGAGCAGGUGUUUAUUUUCGAUAAGUUUCCAAAUUUAAUCACUAUAUUUAUUCGUUUCCUAGACGACAUAUUCUUCAUAUGGGAACACAAUAAACGCUCGAGGAAACUCAAAACCAAAUUAUCUAUAAAACCAACUGACAGCAGAGCACUAUUACAUUUUACGUCGUAUCACCCUCACCAUACCAAAAGGGCAAAAUACUGCAUGCUAGCGUUUUGCCAUUUUAUUUGUUAG